AUGAGUUUCCUCGAUUCCGUUCUCUCGUCACUCGGGUCGGGCAAACCUGCCCAAGCCCCGCUAUCUCAGCCUCCUGCGAUCCCAGCCUCAUCUUCAACAACGAAGAAAGAUGACAGACCAUUGCGAGUAGCGCCUCGCGCACCUCAGCCGGUGGGGAACACGGGCACCGGAAUAAAGCGCAAGGCAGAGGAUCAACUUUCUCGACCCGAGAGACGCGAGAGCCAACCAGCUAGUAAAGUCACCUCUACCAGGGCAGCAGCAUCUUCUGCGACGCCCAAGAUUAUACCAAGAGGUGUAUCAUCGACUACGGUCAAGCCUGCUUCGCCGAAACCCGUUGCGAGGAGCAAUACAGCACCUACGAUCAUAGCUCCGCCCGCGAGAACUGCACCUGCGAAACCACCAGUGGCAAAACCGGCAGUCACCAAACCAAUGGUUUCUAGACCGGCCCCGGCAUCAGCAACCGUAUCCAAGCCAGCAGCAGCUAAGGCCGCACCAACUUCUUCCAAAGCACCACCAAAAGGCUCCUUCGCCGAUCUCAUGCAGCAAGCCAAGGCUAUGCAAGACAAAGCUCCAGCCCAGUUGGGUAUGCUCCGUCAUCAGAAGGUACCGAAGGAAAGACUGAGCAAAGUGGAGCGCAAACGACGACUUGAGGAGGCCAAGGCACAAGAAAAAGCAGCACGUUCGGGGAAGCGUCCCGCGCCUGGCCCGGCCACGGCCACGGCCGCCACUGGCAAACCUACUGUCAAGCGACGCACGCCCGAGCCUCUCUCAUACAAAGGCACAGCCAAGCCGUCCCAAACCCCCGAGCCGACGGCGUAUCGGGGAACAGCCGGUCGGCAAUCUCACCGAGGUACUGCUGAGCGUCGACCACAUGGCAAACGUCGUAUGGACGAAUAUCUGGCAACCGACGAAGAGGACGAAGGCGAUUACGGCGACUAUGGCGACUACGAUGACCUUUAUUCAGACGCCUCUUCUGACAUGGAAGCUGGGUUUGAUGACAUGAGGGAAGAAGAAGAUGCUGCCUUGCGAUCCGCCCGGAAGGAAGAUGAGGAAGAAUUGCGACAGGAGGUGGCGGCAAAGAAGGAGAAGAUGGAGCGCCAGAAGAAGCUGGCUGCUCUUGCAUCCCGCAACAAGCGGUAA